AUGAACUACGAGAAUUAUGACCCUUCUUUCCCUGACCAACCUGUGGUGGAUCUCUACCUCCCCGUAUGGGCUAACCUCCCGGCCUUCUGGUCCAAGCCAGCCUUCAUUUGGGCUGAAGAUGGCUCGAAUGGUGCAACCAAAAAUUCAGCCAUCACUUAUGCUCAGCUCAAUGAAUCAGUGCAGUCAAUUUCUACCCAGUUACUUCUUCAAUUCCGAAGAGGUGAUACUGUUGUCAUUUUAUGCUCACCUGGGCUCGAGCUUGUUGAGGUCAUCUUUGGGUGCCAAAGAGCUGGCCUUUUGUGCAUCCCUAUGUUCCCACCGGAUCCUUCUUUCAUUAAAGAAAACUAUCACCAUCUUGUUAGAGUUCUGUCCCAGACAAAGCCCAAAGCUGCCAUAGCUCACCAUGACUAUAUUGCCAGAGUUCAACAGUACAUCUCCUUGUCCUCUGACAAUCAUAAGCUUGCAGAAAUGUUGCAAAAGCUCACUUGGAUUUCUACUUCCGAUAUCAAAGAUAAGAAAGUGAGUUCAAAUAUGGUCUCAUUGCCUUAUAAUGGCUGUAGACCAAAUGAAGUUUUCUUAAUUCAAUACACUUCAGGUGCUACAGGGAUUCCAAAACCAGUGCUGGUAACAGCAGGAGCAGCUGCUCACAAUGUGAGAGUAGCCAGGAAAGCCUACGAUCUUCACCCGAACAGUGUUAUUGUCUCUUGGUUGCCUCAGUACCAUGACUGUGGCCUUCAGUUUUUGCUGCUGACUAUCAUAUCUGGUGCAACAAGUGUGCUAACAUCACCUGCUGCAUUUGUGAAUCGCCCUAGGCUAUGGCUUGAGCUGAUUUCAGAAUCCAAAGCUACUUGUACUCCAGUUCCAUCAUUCUCAUUACCACUUGUUGUCAAGCGUGGUGGGGUUGAUAAAGGAACCCAGCCUAUAAGUUUAUGGAGUUUGAAAAACUUAAUCAUCAUCAACGAGCCUAUUUACAGAGCAUCGGUUGACGAAUUUGUCGAAGUGUUUAAGCCUUUUGGGUUAAACCCAUCAUGCAUUUCGCCAUCAUAUGGCCUCGCAGAAAACUGCACCUUUGUCUCAACAGCAUGGAGAGGCAAUUGCGGCAAUAUUGCUAGCUUUCCGCACAUUCCAUCGCACAACAAGCUCUUGCCAUGUGCAAGGCUUGCUUCUCAACAUGAAGAAGUAGAGGACAUGGACAUUAUAGUUGUAAACGAAGACACGCAUGAGCCUGUUGAGGAUGGAAUUGAAGGAGAGAUUUGGGUCUCAUCUCCUAGCAACUGUUCAGGUUUCCUUGACCACCCUUCCUUGACUCGAGAGAUAUUUCAAGCAAGACUAAGGAACAAGGUGAGCCGGUGCUUUGUCCGCACAGGUGACAGAGGAAUCAUCAAAGGAGAAGAAAGGUUUCUCUACGUUACCGGUCGGUGUUCAGAUGUUAUCAAACUUCCAAACAAUGAAGAAAUACACCCUCAUUACAUAGAGACAGCAGCUCAGAAUAGCUGUCAAAAGCUCCUCAGGGGAGGUUGCCUUGCAGCAUUUGAGAUGUCAGGUACUAUAGUUCUUGUUGCAGAGAUGCAAAGAAAUGAAAAAGAUGUUAAGGUAUUGAAACAAAUCUAUGAACGGGUCAAGAAAUUUGUUCUGAAGGAAGAGAAAGUUGAAAUUGGCUUGAUGGUUCUAGUCAAGAGUGGAAGCGUUCCGAAAACAACUUCAGGAAAGAUUCAAAGAUGGGCUGCUAAAGAUAUGCUGAUUAGAGGCAACGUGAGUAGGGUAAUGGAGAUGCAAUUUGGGGAUAACAAUGGAAGAUUAUUCUUGUCAUCGUCAGAGGUAAUAGGUAAGGCAAAUAAAGAGAAAGGACAAGGACGAAUUAGAGUAGUUGCUAAAGGGAAAGAUCAAGAAAUCUCUCUAGCCCUUUCAAGCAAUCCAAAUCGUCCCCAAUUGCUCUCUCUUCUGUGA